CUUCCAGACACAUGGCCACCCUUCCAGACGGCUGGGAGGCCCGGUUCAAUCCCGAGACCAACUCGACGUACUACGUCGACCACAACACCCGUACCACACACUGGGAGCUCCCUGGCGCUGCCACGGUGGCUUCCUCCGCCUCAACUGGCUCGGCGUCAAUGCGCCCCGAUGGACGACCCUCGCCGCCGGACGUUCCGCCAGGCUGGGAAGCCCGCUGGGACGCCACCUACGCCCGGUACUACUUCUUCAACCUUGUCUCGCUCGAGUCGGUGUGGGAGCUUCCGCUCGCCGCCGCCCUUCCGCCCGGCUGGGAGGAGCGCCACGAUCCGAGCUCCGGCCAGCCGUACUACGUCGACCACAAGAGCCAAGCCACCCACUGGUCCAUGCCACCAGAAGCCUACGCUGCCACCCAGUCGAGGCCACAGCCACAGAACCUGCCGGCGUACGCGGGUAGUACCUACACCGGCGCUGCCACCGGCGCCGCCACAGCGCAUCCGCCGGCAGCCGAUGCUGCCGCCAAUGAGGAAGCCCGCGCCCUCAUUGCGUCUGCGCUCGGCAACCUGCGCGAGGCCGUUGAGCGUGGCGACUCGACUGGCGCGGCCCUCUUUGUCAACCGUAUCGAGCAGGAGUUGGAGCCGCUUGAGCGGCGCGACGGAGGCCAGGCCGCAUACGCCGCCGACAUCCGCGCUCAGAUCGGCGAGCUCCAGGUCCGCCUGCAGGAAGUCGGCUACCAAGCCGAGUUCACCCGCGUCUCCAACACGCUCCAGCAGCUGGUCGGCGAGCUUGAAGCCGCCGUCGCCUCGCAGGCGGUCGAGGACGCCGAUGCCCGCGCAGCCGCGGCCCGCGCCCUCAUCGACUCGUCACGCGACUCACUCUCCCAGUCGAUGGAGGGCCGUGACCUCCUCGCGGCGCACUCCUCGCGGGUCGACGAGCUGCUCAGUGCUCUUGCCAACGUCAAGAAGCUCACCCGCUACUCCCGCAUCAUCGGCGACGACCUCGCCGCCCUCCGCGCCGCCGUCAACCGCGCUGACGAGGCCGACGCCGCCCGCGCUCGCACCCAUGCCGUCGACACCCUCCAGCAGCUCCGCGAUGAGCUCGGCUCCGGUCAGCCGCCCCCGCAGGUGACGCAGUUCUACGAGGCCACAGAGGCUAUGCUAGUCGAGCUGGACGCCCAGCUCGAGACUGUCGUCCUCGCCGCAAAGGUUCUCGACGCCGCCGCCGCUGUCGACACCACCUCCGCCGCCCUCGCCUCCGCCGCCACCGCGCUCGACGAGCCGGCCUUUACAGCCGCCGCCACCCGCCUCCGCUCCCAGCUCGAGGCCAUGGGCCGACUCGUCGCCGACGCGCCGCCCAGCUCGUCUGACGUCCUCUCGCAUGUCCAGGCUGUCUCGGACGGCUGGGCCUUGCUCGAGCGCGAGGAGGCUCGCUUUGCCGAGCACAUGCGCGAAGCCCGCAUGGCCGAGCUCCGCGGCAACGUCGAGGCGCUGCAGGCCAACUGCAACGCCUGGGCCAGUGCUGGUGACUUUGACUUUGUCGAGCCAGCCAAGCGCCAGAUCGUGCAGGAGCUCGUCCGCAACUAUCAGCUCUUUGCCGACAUGGACGACGGUCAGCGGUACAUCGACGACCUCCUGCUCUGGGUUGGCCGUGUCGACGCCGCCGCUGCCGCCGCCAAGCUCGGCGUCAGCCUCCCGCCGCUCAACCCUGGAGCCCACCCGUCCGUCCCGAGCGCGUCGUUCCCGCCAGUCACCGCAGCGACUGCACCGUCGACACCCGCCGCCUCAUCAGCGCCGCCGUUCGCCUCGUCACCGGCGCCGGCGUCGGGCAUGCCGUCGGCUGAUCCGGGCCUCGAUGCCGCCGCUGCCGCACUCCCACCUGGAUGGGAGGCGCGGCGUGAUCCGUCGAGCUCGCGCCUCUUCUACGUCAACCACCGUGACCGCACCACAUCAUGGACACCGCCGCAAGCCUAG